UGAAAGCGGCAUGAUGGUUGUUUAUUUACUAUUUUUGAUUGGUUUUAAUGUAAACGUAAAGAAAGAGGCAUAUUAAUUAUUAAUAAUAUUGCAAUAUAUAAUAAUAUAAUUGCGAUACGUUCUCUAAUAUAUAUAUAAGAUCUUCUAAUUCAAGGGUAAGCAAAUCGACCAAACCGAAUAGCUUAAAAUGGAACAAUCAAUCUUAGAAAAUUAUGAUCACGCAUCAUCAAUUGUAAGAAGAGUUCUAGACAGAUGUAGAUAUGAAAAACAAAUGGGUUAUCUGAUAAAUCCCAUAAGGGACCAUUAUUCAAGAACAGCAUACUAUACUGGACGCUCUGUGGAAUUUUUGAAAAAGGUUGAUACGAAGUUGAAUGAUUUCCAAAACAUCAGACAUAAGUAUAGUGAACAUGGUUAUAUAAUAUUAAAAGCAAUAAGUAAAGUAUUAUUAAAAAAUAAAUUACCUAUAUUCAACAAUUCAUAUCCUACAUAUAUUAAUAUUUGUUUGUCUGAUUCUAUUGAACCAUUACAAGGACAACAAUUUAAAGACAUGCUUGAAAUAAUGGGCAUUACAUUAAACAAAGUUAAGGGCAAUGGAUUGAUGCUUUUAGAAAAUCCAAAGAACACAUUUGAGAGAUAUAAGUACUUGUCUAAAGCUUUACAAUACAGAAAUACACAAAAAAACUUCUAUUAUUUAGAUGAGAGAUAUAUUGAUGGGAAAUUACAAUUUGAGAAACCCUGGCUUAGAGACACACUGCCUGAUGCUUCUAGCAACAUAAAUUGUGAAGUUUCUUCUGGAUGUAUGUUUUAUUACAUGGUUUCUGUAGUUGGAUAUGUAAGUGGACUAUUCUGUUCUUCAGCAUCAGAUGAUGGCUUUCAAAAAUGGCUAAUUGAGAUUGCAAUACCUAAACUGCAACCAAAAAGUGUUAUUGUUAUGGACCGAAGUUGCUAUCAAAAACUUUUUGAACAAACUAUUACAAGAUUUGAUUCUAGACAGGAAAUGAUAGAGUGGUUACAAGACAAACAAGUACCAUACGACUCAUCAAUGCGCAAGGCAGAACUCUAUGACUUAAUAAGGAAUACAACAGGAAUAAAAAAAUACACAAACACAUAUCAUUUAGUAAGAGCUUUUGGUCAUGACAUUUUAUGUUUGCCUUCUAUACAUUUGAAAUUAUCUCUUGCGGAUACAACAUGGACUAUGCUUAAAAAUGUGGUGUGGCCUAGUGAUAGAUCAUUAAUUGGAAUUAUAAAUAAUUGUGUUUUAUCAAACAUAUCAUCCAUUCCAAAAUCUGAAUGGGAGAGAGAAGAAUUAAACAUUAUCAAUAGAGAAAAAGAAAUAUAUAGUACAGACUUAGCUGUAGAAAACUAUCUUGAAGCAAAUGGUAUAAAAAACGAAAAAUCUGUUAAAAAAAUGUGUGAUUGCAAUGAAUUUUGUUUUUAACCAGCAAUCUUGAAAUGUUAGAGGUCUUUGAUAAGUAUCCGAUAAUGCCACAGCAAUGGCACUCAUAUACCUACACAGUUAAUUUGUGCUAGUUAUAGUAAACUUUGUACAUAGAAAAAUAUGAAUAAAUAUUUUUUAAAGAA